AUGGAGCAGACACGAGAACAAGAAAAAGGGGAACAAAGGCGAAAGGAGCAGCAACAGCAGCAAUUGCAGCAGCACAUUCGGGGUCCUGAUGAGUCAACACGAGGUCGCCCUGUCCCAGCACCAUUGCCUGGCCGUUUUCUCCCUGCAGCAUCUGCAACUCCUAGUGCUCCGCCCUCUUCCGACUUCGCCUUGGACGCCGCGGCACAUAGUCUGUGCAAUGGGACGCUGGUUUUCUGGGCUGCUUCUGGAGCUGCCCCAGCUGCCACAGCUGUAUCAAAGCCCCCCUCCUGCUUGCAACAAGCUCUAGGCGAGCCGUAUGAGGCAGGAGAGACUCGUCAGAAUGUGGAGGCCACUUUUCAAUCUCCUGUGGGAACAGGCUCCUUCUUGAGUUUUCACACGGUUGGACAGCAGCGCUUGUUGCAACGACAGCAACGACAUGCAGGCGCAAGCAGUUCAACACUUAUGCGUCAUGUGCUGCUAGCUGAAGAGGAGAGGGCAGCAUUCUUCUCGCCAGAGCGGCUGCCGCUGGUGCUUUGCCUCUGUUCUCGCGGUAUUUCACCAGUGCAACAGCAGCAGCGACCAGCUCAUAACGCGCAGAGGGGCAAACUCCUCUCGACUGGAGACCCCCACUCCAGCAGCGUCUCGGCAUUCAGGGCAGCCAUUGAAGCGGGGAAUGUGACAAAAACAACAAGAGUAGCAGCUGCCACAGGAACUAAAGUACCUGACGGUUACUUCUUGCUGUCUUUUUUGUGGGUUGUCGCGUCUUGGUCCCCUCGGCUGACAGACCCAUUACCAGUUUCUGCUGUUGCUGCUGCUGCUGACCUCGGCCUACGCAGCACGACUUCUGCUAGAGCGGAGGCCCUAGCAAUCGCCGACCCCUCUGCUGCCGCUGAAGCGGCGCGUAUAGCUGGUGGGUUUCCUGCGCUGCAACAACGCUGUGUAGGCGCUGCAUCGACCACAAUUGCUGCAUCUGCUUCUCUUCGCGGAGGCAUCUGUCUCCGUCUCGCCGCAUUGAGAGCUCUAGCUUACUGGUGCUGCUGCUGCACCUUAGCCGAACAGGAAGCCACGCACAAUGUGCAGCGAAACCGAAUACGCCAACAGCAGAAGCAACAGAUGGUGUUUCAUGCAGCUCCCCCACGCACCAGUAAUUCAGAAACAGAGACGAGGCGGGAAAGCACCAGGACCAGCAGCAGCAUAGCCCUUCUACGUCAACUGCAGCAAGAAUGUAGAGAAUCAUUCGCGCAGCUGCUGUUGCAGCAGCAGGAUGCGCAGCGGCAACUGGCAGAGCGACAAGGCAUUGAAAUGGAGGCAGCCUGUGCCUUGAGGGAGAAGCAAGAACAGGCUUUGAAAGCAGCGGUUGCUGCUCGUUCUGAGUCUUGUACUGACAAGAGUGAUGCAAAAGACCCAACAGUAGUUGCUGCUGCUGCUCUUGAGGCGUGCGAAAGGGACUUGCAGGAGCUGGUGCAACAGCACUUGAGUGAGUGUGAGCUGCUUGAGAGACACUGGAAACACGAACAACAGCUUCUGCGCAAGCAGCAGCUGCACAUGUUCAAGAACGUAGCAGCAGAUCUUUACUUACUGCAGCAUGGUUCUGCUGCUGUGCAUGGGGCGGCGUGCCAAGAGCUGGUGCUUCCCCCUCUGCCUUCUGCAGAUGAAACUGAGAGGUGGACCUUUAACUGGAAGCAGCAGCAACAGGAGCAGCAGCGGCAGGAACAGCUGCUGCACGACCAACAACAGCCAACCUGGCGGCAGGUUGGGAUGGCGGCGCGUCAGCUCUUCAGAAGACGCGGCGGCAGCCCUAGCCAGGAUGGAACGUCUUCCCAUGACUCUUCUAGAGGCGCUGAUUGUACUCCUGCUGCUGCUGGUGCCCCAGAUACAGCAAAAGAGGAGCGUCUGCGAAGCUCGGGUGCAGUAGGGCCUCAUUUAGGAUCAGCAGCAGUUGCUGCGGCUGCCAUUAGUGCACUCAUGGGUGCAACAGCUGCUGCUGGGCAAAAAUGCCAGCAGCAGCAACAGCAAAAUCAGCAGACAGCACACAAUGGAUCAGCCCAGCUACGACAAACAGUACAGCACAAGCAGCAGCAACAACAGCAGAAGCAACAAGGGCUGCAGGGGUCCUCCAUGGAUUUGACUGCGGGUGCGACACAUUCUCAGCUCCGCAAGCAACACCAGAGGCAACUCGCAGUAGCAGCCGCCGCUCACCAGGGGCCGGUUUUCGACAUGCCUCGCCUGCUACAGGGCAUAGCAGCUGGUGCAAUGCAGCCACAGCAGCGUCGCCCUUCGGGAAUGCUCCCGCAGCAGCAACAACCUCGGCAGCUGGGGGGGGUACAGGAACAUGCAGAGGUGCGGCUUAUAUUCGGGGCUCAGCGCCGACGAACGAUCUGGUUGCACGUCUGCACAGGUCUCACAGCGGAUUUCUUUCCGUCUAGUACUGCUGCUGCUCCAGAGCAGCAAAACGAGCAGCAGCUGGGGAGCGCGACUGUUUCGUGCGCUGGUGAAUGGCUGUCGUUGCUAGGACAAGGAAGCACAGCCUUUCCUGAGGAACAGCUCGCAGACUGGCCUGGUGGUUCCUCUUCGUACUGCUACAAAGACGUGCGAAAUAUGCGUGACAGCCCGCUUUAUUGCUCGGUGGGCAGCAGUGGGAGGCUGAGUUGUGGGGAUCCGCUGAGCUGGCCUGAAGCCGACGGUCUCUCUGACGACCUGUUUGCUGCCCUGAAGAGCGGGCCGCGAGCGUCUCUUUCAGGGGCCGUCCUGCCCACUGGGGCGGCCAUGCAAGAAAGUUGUGGAUGUAUUGAGUUGGGGAAUGAUACUCCAGAUCUGCUACUACCUUCCCUGGAGGAACAGCGACGUCUGCUCCGCGCGGCUAUGCAUUCAGUGAGACGCAGCAGCAACUACCUCGGCAGCCAGCAGCGGCUGCUUUUGCAACAAGGAGAAGUGUUUGUCUCUCGCCAUGCAGCCAGGUUGCGUCCACAAGUCUGCUUUCACCUAGCGGUUGCUUCGGCGGGGACGAGUCAUGAGGCGUCUCAAACGUCGAGCCCUUCAGCAGCAGCACAGUCCGCAGAAGCACCAUUGAAACCCGACAACAAAAGGAGGAGCAGCGCUGGGGAUGACCUCGAUUCGCCGUGCGCGCCGGUUUGCGAGGGGCUACGGCAGAUACUCCGACUAUGCGAAAAGCAUGCAGUUGGUGCGCUCCUGUUACCUGCACUGUUGCUCGAGACAGAAACCUCCGCCAGCUGCCUGCCGGUUGCCCUGCUCCAGCGGAGGAUGCUUGCGGUGCUACGGUGCGUCGUUGCAGAGCUCCGGACCAUCGCACUUUCUCCCGUCAGCAGCAGUUGCUGCUCCUCGGGUGCCUCGAUUGGAGGAUUGAGGCAUAUCGUACUGUUGUUGCCUCCCAUACAACAGCAGCAGCAGGAAGGAUCUGGACAAAUGAACCUUCUAGUGCAAGCGGCUGUGAACUUCCUGAGAAACUCUGCAUACUGCUGCUAA